UCGCUGGCAAGUGUUUGAAUUUCGUAGAUACUUUGGCCUGCCUGCCUCGAAACCCAUUUCGUUUUUAAUUGUUUACAGUUUUUGAAUUUAGUUGUAUUUGAUUUUCACGUACUCGCGCACUGCCGUCUCAGAAGUGUGCGUUAUUUUAGAAGUUUCAAUUUGGAAUCGUACAAGUCUCAAAAGGAUCGUAAAUAGAGUCUAUCAAUAUAUGUGCAUAUGCAUAUAUAGCGACGUUCACGAACUGUAUCUGUCACUGUCACUGUCACUGAGAGCGAUCGAUAGCUGUACCUCCAUGUGUGUGCAUGAGUGGCAGCAUCAGUAGCGCACCCAAGGACCAAGGACCUCAUCCACAUAGCCCAUCAAUCUCUCAGAUGCCAGUGGCGGAAUCCCCCCGAUAAAGGCAUCGCAUCGCAUCGAAUCGAACUGCAUCGCAUCCAUUGGACAAGGACGAGGACGAGGACUAGGACGAUAGGACAGUGACUGACGCAUCCUGCGCUCGUUUGAUCGUUCGUUCGCUCGCUCUCUCGCUCGCUCUAUCGCUCUUUCGCUCGCACGCACCAACAAACCAAACAGAAAUACCAGAAACAAUACCAAGCAAGCCAAAAACCAAAUAAUACCAAGCUAAACAGACGCCUCAUUACCAAACAUCGAACGUUUCGUUGUCGUUGAACCAAAAAAAAAAAACAAAAAUAAACACCAGAAGCAAAUCAAUCCAAUCCAAUUCAAUCAAAUCCAAGCCAAGCCAAUCCAAUCCAAAAUCCAAACAAUUCAAAUCAAACCGAAUCCACGAGACAUAGAAACUGAACAGUAAACAGUAAGAUCAACAGUAACGUAACAGAAGCCCAAAGCAAAAAGCAAAAAGCUAAAGCAAUCAUCAGUCAAAGUCGAUAACCAAAACCAGCAACAUUCAGUUAAAAAUGGCCGAAGACGCUACCAUGGAGACAUGUCCAAGUCCUGAAAUCGGCGAUUCACGCAAAAGGCCACUCGAUUCCGAUCCGGAAAAUGAACAAACUAAACGCUCACAUUUCAGUUCCGUUUAAUGAUUGGAAAGCGGCGCGUAGGUUCAAUCAAAACACUGAACAGUAAAGAGAAAAACCUCAAGAAACCUCAAAUUGCAAUUUACGAUAUAUAACAAAUCCCAAACAAAUAACGCAUAAAUUAGUUGAUCACUUGAUCAGUUGAAUAAGGAGCGAAACGAGUACAAUCGAUUCAAGGCAGCAUCAAUUCCGUCGCAAACAAACCGAAGACUGAACGGGAACGGCAACAAUUCCAAGGCAAUGGAGAGUAUUAUGAAGGUGGCCAUGGACAAGGCGGCCGAGCAGCUGAUUCAGCAGUUUGGCUUUGAUUACUUGCAGCAGCAGCUGCAGCUGCAACAUCAAAGCCAACAGCAACAGCAACAGCAAGAACAACACCAACAGCAGCAUGAACAGCAACUAGAACCAGAACCAGAAAACGAACAUCUCACAUACCGAUAUCAGCAAUCAAAGCCCACACAUAUGCAGCAAUUAGCUUUUAACUAUCAGCCACGACAUUCCACAACCACGUCGUCGCCCUCAUCCACACAUUCGCUGGCCAGCGGCGGCAGCAGCAGCAGCCACAGCAGCAGCAGCAACAGCAGCAGCAGCGACAGCAGCAGCAGCAACAUCAGCAACAUCGGCAACAUCAGCAACAUCAGCAACAUCGGCAACAUCAGCAACAUCAGCAACAGCAAUCAUAGCAACGCUGCAUACUCAUUAGCCGUUCAUAGCUAUCAAAGGCAAAUAGAAAACCCGGCUAAUCCCAGUCAUGUUCCGCAUCAUCAGAUGGAUCUGUCGCCCCUGAGUGAGAAUGGUUCGCCAAAUGGUACGCCAGGUGCCCAGACGCCGACUGCAACAGCGAGUGGCAACACGGCCGCAGCACUUGCAGCAGCAGCAGCCGCAUCAGGAGGCAGCGGCAACGGCAACAGCAACAGCAACGGCAACGGCAGCAGCCACGCGCAACAGCAACUGCAGCUGGGCGGCUAUAAGACUAACUCCUGCUGGUGUUACGGUGAGUCAGUUUGUUCUGGAAUUGAGGUUGAAAUUGAAAAUAAUAACAAUAAUCAUAUUCAUCAUGGCGAGACAACGUAUCACAUGAAAAUACUGGUGCCCGCGGUGGCCUCCGGGGCCAUCAUCGGCAAAGGUGGCGAGACGAUCGCCUCCCUGCAGAAGGACACGGGUGCUAGGGUCAAGAUGUCCAAGUCGCACGACUUCUACCCAGGCACCACCGAACGCGUGUGCCUGAUCACCGGCUCCACGGAGGCCAUCAUGGUCGUGCUGGAGUUCAUCAUGGACAAGAUCCGCGAGAAGCCCGACCUGACCAACAAGAUCGUCGACGCCGAGUCCAAACAGACACAGGAGCGCGACAAGCAGGUCAAGAUCCUGGUGCCCAACUCCACUGCCGGCAUGAUCAUUGGCAAGGGCGGUGCCUUCAUUAAACAGAUCAAGGAGGAGAGCGGCUCCUAUGUCCAGAUCUCGCAGAAGCCCAAGGAUGUGUCGCUGCAGGAGCGCUGCAUCACCAUCAUUGGCGACAAGGAGAACAACAAGAACGCCUGCAAGAUGAUCCUCUCGAAGAUCGUCGAAGAUCCCCAGUCGGGCACCUGCCUGAACGUCUCCUACGCGGACGUCAGCGGCCCGGUGGCCAACUUUAAUCCGACCGGCUCCCCGUACGCCACCAAUCAGAAUGCCAUCAACUCGAGCACCGCCUCGUUGAACUCCACGUUGGGCACCACGAUCGGCGGUGCGAACUCGGCGGCCAGCCUGCUAGUCAACGGCACCGGCAUCAAUUUGUCCAUCAAUCUGGGCUCACCCAAUCCGGCGCCCAAUCUGGCGGUUGCCACACAGCUGCUCGAGCAUAUUAAGGUUGCCAUGCGCGGCUCUGGCUACUCGGAGACCGUAACGAACGAAGUCGUCGCCGCUCUGGGCGUGCUGGCCAAGUACGGUGUCCUUGGAAUGGGCGUGGGUGUCUCGCACACCAACGGCGCCCACUCGACGCUGGGCAACUUCCUGGGCGUAACGACGCUGGACCAGCAGACAGCGGCCGCCGCCUCCGCGGCCACCGCCAGCAAUGUGUUCGGUGCCGUCGGCCAGGUGAAUCUGGAGCAAUAUGCCGCAGCGGCGGCCGCUGCAGCUGCGGCCAGCCGGCCGACGCAGUCGCAACUGGACGCUGCCGCAGUGCAAUUCGAUCCAUUCCGCCAUUUGAGCUCGGCCACGGCGCCGGGCGCCACGCCCGUCUCACUGAACAACAAUAGCUUUGGGCUGACGGCAGCCACGGGAACGGCGACCACGGCGCAGCUGGGCGGUCUAAGCAAGAGUCCCACUCCGGGCGACCUUAGCUCCAAGGACUCGAAGAACGUCGAGGUGCCGGAAGUGAUUAUCGGCGCUAUUCUAGGUCCGAACGGUCGUAGUUUAGUUGAAAUUCAACAUGUUUCUGGCGCAAAUGUGCAAAUUUCCAAAAAGGGCAUAUUCGCACCUGGCACUAGAAAUCGCAUUGUAACCAUAACUGGUCAGCCGAGUGCCAUUGCCAAAGCGCAAUAUCUAAUUGAACAGAAAAUCAACGAGGAGGAGACAAAGAGGGCGCGACAAAUUCCAUUAACCACUGUUGUGAAUUAAAAUAAAUCAAACAAAAAUAAUAAUAACUAAUAUCCCCGAGUAAAGCAACAAACCAGCAAUCUUAACAGAACAUCAAACAAACAGGCAAAAGCAAAGCAACAACAAACAAACUAUCCCUUACCCCGACGAUUUUCCUCUCAAACUUGUUAAUUUUCUUGAAAAACGAGAGGAAAAUUUCAAAACUAAAACUAAAAUGAAAUUAAAUGAAAUGAAAAGAAAGGAAACACCAAUUGUUAUGCUUGCAGCUCAGAGUUAAGCAGUUAAAAUCGAAAAUAAUAAUAAUAAUGUAUUGCAACAUCCAUAAAUUUUUGUUGAGUAAACAGUUCCAAGGCCUUCACCUCGAGAGAUUUGCUUUAACUAACGCCCUUUAAGAAAGUGAAAAACGAGACGAGAAGUAGUAAAAAAUCUGUAAAAAUACAAGUACUAUAUAACAAAUGUGCCACCUUCUCGGCUAUACAUUGUUGCAUUUGUUUGUCGCGAUCGUAAAAAACGAAAAAAUCGAAAACAAGUCAUAUUGCCAAUUGCCAAUUGCCAGUUAGACACAAACUAGUUGCGAAAGAAGAGCGUUUGGGUUUUUGGUUUGUUUGUGAUGCGUAUGUUUGCGUUGCGUGUUUUGUUUUUGGUACUCCCAACCAAGCUAUACGUUACGAUACAUGGGGCAUAUAUACAUAUGUAUAUGUACACAGUUGUUGAGUCUUGUUUAUAUAUAUUAUCUACACACAUAUGCCCAUACAUAUAUAUAUAUACAUAUGCCACCACCCCACUUACACACUUACACACCGCCUUCCCCAAAAACACACACACCUAAUUAUUAGCAUUAUGUUGAGCUAAACGAAAAUCAAAUGUAUAAUGAGCGAGCGUUUUCAGUGAAAACUUCAGGUGAUUCUUACCCUCGAAAUAAGGUAAAUAUUUUACUACACAAAAACCACAACAGACAAAAACACUUGCUACACUGCAACUGCAAACAGGCUAGUGAAACAUACAAUUUCAAAGAGUUAAGCAAAACUAAGAGUGACUUUGUUGACCUUUUCGUGAUUUCGUUAAAGUUUUCUGUUCCAUCUUUUCUCUGUUGUUGCCCCACUCCCUCUAAUUGCUUAUCGCUGCUAAUAUAUAUAUAUAUACUAUCCACCUACUAUUCUGCAGCCUGACCUCUGUAUAUGAACACUUUCGGAACGCUACAGUUGAUGUUGGUCAUGAUAAUGUUGUUUAGUUUUAGAUACAAUCCGAUCCGAAACGAUUCGAUUCGAUUAGAGUCGAUUUGGAUUCGAUCGGAUCGGAUCGAGUGGUGUUAAUGUGUUGCGCGCGCACGUGAGUCUCCUUUUGGUUAUGAUUUUGUGCUCCCGAUUUGUUACUCCUUAUAACUUUUGUUUUAUGUAUACAUAUUAUUUAUGAAAAAAAAACACACACACAUUGCGAUUUGUUAGUUGCCAGUCUGAGAACUGCACUUCUUACCUUCUCUUUUUUUUCUUGUCAUUUUGCGUUUGUUAACCACUAUUUUUGGUAAAUUUAGCACAUUUGUUUCUCACAUUCUAAUUUUAAGUCGUACAUUUUCUCUCACCUAAUGCAUCACAAAUAUCUUAAAAAAAAAAGAAUACGAAAACAACAUAAAAAACCUUAGCAAAACAAUUAUUUCUUUGUAAAAUAUUCGCAUUAAAGCAUUCAUUUAGGGGUUUCUUCAUACGUCAAAACAAACAAUCCACCAAACAAUUUCCCUUAUUAAUUUUAAGUAUUGUGCAAUUAUUAAACAUUGUUUCAAUGAACAUUUCAUAACGAUUAUAUGUACAUAUCUAUCUAGAAACGCAGUGUAAAGACAAAAGAUGUUAACAUCACAUUUGAAAAAAAAAUUUCCUCUUCAUAUACACACAAAAUACACAAGGAUAAAAGUACCCAUACGAACACCACUCACCUACAGAGAGAGAAAUGCCUUACUUGUAAUGAAAUUUUUCUUAUUUACUUUAUUCCUUACACAUAUAAUUUAGUUUAACACUUCUUUUCGAUAAAUAAAACGAAGAUGAAACGAAAUUUAAAUAAAAUUUGUCUACAAAACCAA